GACAAGGGAGAGUUAGAGACCAUCCAGGACACAUUCAGCUCUCGAGUCAAUGACUUCACCAUGAUUCUGUUCACUGUGGACUCAGAUCCUACAGAUCCAGCUGUUCUUAACUUUGUAAAGAAAAACCAGGACAUCCAGGAGCUCUGUGAGAGCUGUGGAGGAAGAUCUGUCGUUCUCAAUGUCAAAGACAAAGCGCAGAUAUCAAAGCUGCUGGAAACAGUGGAAAAGAUGACAUCUGGCAACGAUGAAUCAAGCUAUACACUCACCAUGUUUACACGUGUCUAUGUGGAUAAAAUCACCACACUCCAGGCAGAACUGAAAAACUUGAAUCUACAUGACAUAGGCCUUUUGGAUGAAGAGAAGCAGAGCUCAGACCGUCUCAGGAUUGUGCUGAUCGGAAAGACCGGCAGUGGAAAGAGCUCCUCAGGAAACACCAUUCUAGGAAGAAAAGAGUUCACAGCUGGCGCAAGCCAGACAUCAGUCACCAAACAGUGUCAGAAAGCAGAGGGUGACGUGGACGGUCGUCCUGUUGUCGUGCUCGACACUCCUGGACUCUUUGACUCGACUUUGUCACAUGAAGAGGUCUGUGAGGAGAUGAGUAAGUGCAUCAGUCUUCUGGCUCCAGGACCACAUGUCUUCCUGUUGGUGUUGCAGAUUGGCCGACUAACACCAGAGGAGAAGGAGACUCUGAAGCUGAUCAAGAAAGUCUUUGGGAAAAAUUCAGAGAAAUUCACCAUCAUUCUUUUCACAGGAGGAGAUACACUCGAACAUCAUGAACAGUCUAUUGAAGACUACAUUAAACAUGCAUGUGAGGAUUCCUUUAAAAAUCUAAUCACUCACUGUGAAGCAAGAUACCAUGUGUUCAAAAACCAUGAGAAAAAAAACCACACACAAGUCAGUGAGCUGAUAAAAAAGAUUGAAACCAUGCUGAACAAAAAUGGAGGAAAAUGCUUCACCAAUGAGAUGCUGCAAGAAGCUGAAGCAGCAAUAAAGAAACAAAUGGAGAAGCUGCUGAAAGAGAAGGAAGAAGAGAUGAAGAGACAGAGGGAGGAACUCGAAAGAAAACACCAGGAAGAAAUGAAAUCAAUGAAAAGACAAAUGGAAGAGCAAAGAAAAGAAAAUGAACAGAGAGAUGAGCAACUCAGGCAGUUACAGGAAAGCAUUGACUUUCAGUCUGAAGAGAGAAAGAAAGAACAAGAAACUAGAAAGAAAGAGAGAGAAACAGAAGAACUUAAAAGACAAGGAUGGGAACAAAAAAUUCAAGAAUUGGAGAAAGAACUACGAUCAGAGUCAGAAUCAAAGGAAAUGAUUAACAGGGAGCUUGAACAGUACAAAGAAAAUAUAAGAGAGCAGGAUCAACUGAAAGAAAAACAAAACCAAGAUGAUGAACAGAAAGAGCAGAAACUCAGGAAGCUCCAAGAAGAAUACAACCAAGUAAAAGGCAAAUAUGAACGUGAAAAAGAAAAAGAGGAUGAAAUCAAAAUAGAACAAGAAGAGAAACUAAAAGAGUUGGAGGAAAACUAUAAGAAAGAAAUUGAAAGCAUGCAGGAAGACAUGGAGAAGUUUAAAGAAGAGGCCAGACAAACAGCUGAAGAGUUCAACGAAUUCAGAGAAAAAAAUGAAGCUGUGAUAGAAAAACUCAUGGAGGAGGUGACGGAUCUAAAGGAGCAACAUCAGAAAGACCUGCUGGGAAAAAUGGAGGAAUAUGAAAGAUUAAAGGAUCUGUCAGACUACAAAGAAAGUCUGAAGCAGGAAAUAGAUGUUCUGCAGGGUAAACAUAAAUCAGAAAUGGCUGAUUUAGUCCUGAUGCUCCUGAGUCAAAAGCAGGAAAACAAGAAAAAAAUUACAAGUAUGCAGGAAUCACACAGAAAAGAGGAAGAGAAGCUUAAAAAGGAUCUUUCAAAUGAGAAAAAGGAAGAAGAGAAGGAAAGUCCCAUAAAGAACAAGAAGAAGAAGGGAGAUGAGAGCAGCUGUGAGGAGAAGAAGCUCGAGCUGAAUGAUAUUCAUGAUGAAUGA